AUGUAUAUCCUACUCCUCCUCCCCGUCCUCAUCGUAUCCUACCACGUUCUUCACCUUAUCUCCACUACCUUGACAACAAAAUCCCUCCUAUCCGUUCCUGGGCCGUUCAUCACUCGUCUCACAAAAUUAUGGUACUUUGAUCGUGUCCGACGGGGCCAUUUUGAAGAGGAUAAUGUCCGUCUUCAUGAGCGGUAUGGUCCGGUUGUGCGCAUCGCCCCGGACCAUUACAGUAUUAGUGACCGGGCCGCGGUGAAGCUCGUCUACGGGACGGGGACCAAAUUUACCAAGUCGGCGUGGUACGAGGGGUGGAAGCAUCCGAGUCCCGAGCGAUGGACGUUAUUUCCUGAUCGGGAUGUUCGGAGACAUGCCGAAACAAGGAAGAGAUUCUCAGGAUUGUAUUCGAUGAGUUCGUUGGUGCACUAUGAGGAAUUUGUGGACCACUGCGCCGAUAUCUUCUCCCAGCGGUUGACGGAGUACGCGCAGCGGGAAGGAAGUCUCAACCUUGGGCACUGGUUCCAAUGUUAUGCUUUUGACGUAAUUGGAGAGAUUACAUUCGGAAAGCGAUUCGGGUUCUUGGACCAGGGCGACGACAUCGAAGGGACCAUCGCUGCACUGCAGAAGACCAUGAUGUACAGUACUCUGAUCGGGAUCUACCCAGAAUGGCAUCCACGGCUAUUCGAGCUUCUGAGCCAUUUCAAGUGGUCUGGCGCGGGCGGAAGAACAUACAUCAUGCGGUACGUGCAGGAGAAAAUUCGCCGACACAGUGAGCCUGCCAAGCGUGAUCCGGAGCAAGGGACGCUGCAGACGCAGGACUUUCUCGAGAAGAUGAUCCUCGCCCGAGACAAGGAUCCAGAAAAGGUCACUGAUUAUCACUUAUUCAUGAUGGGUUUGUCGAAUGUGAUUGCCGGUUCAGAUACUACCGCCAUCAGUCUUUCGUCGAUAAUGUACCACCUGCUGCACUAUCCUGCCGUUUUAGAGAAGCUUCGUCGCGAAGUUGAUGAAUUUACCGCACAAGGCCGCUGCAGUUCUCGUGUGACGUUCAAAGAGAGUCAAGAAAUGCCUUACUUCCAGGCCGUCAUGAAGGAGGCUCUUCGUAUGCACAGUGCCACUGGUCUCCCGCUGUGGAGGGUCGUUCCCGCUGGUGGUGCGGAGAUCAGUGGAUAUUACUUCCCGGAGGGUAGUACGGUAGGAAUAAACACUUGGGUGGCACAUUAUGACGAAGAGAUAUACCCAGAUGCAAAGAAGUUUCGCCCAGAGCGCUGGAUAGAAGCAGAGUCUGAUCCAGAAAGACUGAAAAUUAUGAAUGAGAUGUACAUGCCGUUUGGUCUCGGAUCGAGAACGUGUCUUGGAAAACAUAUCUCCAUUCUCGAGAUGUCGAAAUUGAUUCCCCGUCUUAUUCGGGACUUCGACUUUGCUACCACAGGCCAAAAGUGGUCUACUGAGAACUAUUGGUUUGUCAAGCCAACUGAUUUUGUUGUGAAAGUCCGCAGACGGACAUCCAGUAUCAAAAAAGCCUAG